CAUGGCGUCAGUGCGUCGUGUUUAGUGGUAGUUCAGUUGCGUUUGCUGCUCUUGUACCCAGUGUAUUUGGCGACUUUUGUAUUUUAGUUUGUGUAAUACACGUUUGAAAAGAAUACUUUCAUAAUGAGCGUUGACGCGUAUGGACCAAGUUCGCAAACGCUAACAUUUUUGGACACGGAAGAUGCUGACCUUAUCGGUGCUGAUACCCAAGGUUCUGAAUUCGAUUUUACAGAUUUUACGUUGCCUUCACAAAGUCAAACACAAGCAUCCCAGCUGGACGUUGGACACAGCCAGUCAACACAAAAUCAACUGAAUGGUGACAUUGGGGAAAAUGGUCUGGACGCAGAUAUCACAGCAACAGCAAAAGCACUGGGAGAACUUCAGUUUGAGGAAGAGGAAGAUGAAGCAUAUUACAAUAAGGACCUUCCAGAAUUUGCAUGCAAAUAUUGUGGUAUCCAUGACCCUAGUUGUGUAGUCAUGUGCAACAUAUGCAAAAAAUGGUUUUGCAAUGGACGAGGAAACACAUCUGGUUCUCAUAUAAUAAAUCAUCUUGUGCGUGCAAAACAUAAGGAAGUGACUCUACAUAAGGAUGGACCAUUAGGAGAGACGAUUCUCGAAUGCUACUCAUGUGGUGUAAGAAAUGUGUUUGUACUGGGUUUCAUACCUGCUAAAGCUGAUUCUGUAGUCGUUUUGCUCUGUCGACAACCAUGUGCUGCCCAGAAUUCCCUCAAAGACAUGAAUUGGGACCAGGAACAGUGGAAACCACUGAUUGCAGACAGAUGCUUCCUUACAUGGCUGGUGAAGAUCCCUCUGGAACAAGAGCAGUUGCGUGCAAGACAGAUAACAGCUCAGCAAAUAAAUAAGCUAGAGGAACUCUGGAAAGACAAUAUUGAUGCAACGUUCCAAGAUUUGGAGAAACCUGGUGUGGAUGAAGAACCACAACAAGUUUUAUUGAGAUAUGAAGAUGGCUAUCAGUAUCAGAAUAUAUUUGGACCUCUUGUCAAGUUGGAAGCUGAUUAUGACAAGAAACUGAAAGAGUCUCAGACACAGGAGAAUAUAGAAGUUAGAUGGGAUGUUGGCUUGAACAAAAAAAUAAUUGCAUACUUCACACUGGCAAAAACUGAUGGUGACAUGAAACUCAUGCAUGGUGAUGAACUGAGACUGCGUUACUUGGGAGAGAUGCAUAAACCGUGGUCUGGUGUUGGUCACGUCAUAAAAAUACCAGACAACUUUGGUGAAGAAGUGGGUAUUGAGUUGAAGAACAACAGUGGUGCACCAACUGAAUGUAGUUCACAUUUUGUUGUAGAUUUCAUUUGGAAGUCAACUUCAUUUGAUAGAAUGCAGCAGGCACUAAGAAAAUUUGCGAUGGAUGAUUCUUCUGUGUCUGCUUACAUUUAUCAUCGCUUACUUGGGCAUGAAGUUGAUGAAGUGUUAUUUCGUUGCCAUUUGCCUAAACAUUUUUCUGCUCCACAUCUUCCAGAUCUCAACAGAUCACAGGUGUAUGCUGUGAAGCAUGCAGUCCAGCGCCCAUUGUCGCUGAUUCAGGGACCACCAGGAACUGGCAAGACUGUUACAUCAGCAACUAUUGUUUACCAUCUAGUGAAGCAGAGUGGUGGUUCAGUACUUGUUUGUGCUCCUUCAAACAUAGCUGUUGACCAGUUAACUGAGAAGAUUCAUCAGACGGGCCUGAAAGUUGUUCGUCUCUGUGCAAAAUCACGUGAAGCUAUUGACUCCCCCGUCUCCUUUCUCGCUUUGCAUAAACAGAUACGAAUUAUGGACAGCAAUACCGAACUGCAGAAGCUACAGCAGUUGAAAGAUGAGACAGGUGAACUGUCCUCUGUAGAUGAAAAAAGGUACCGCAUGCUGAAGAAAGCUGCUGAGAAAGAGCUUUUGGAGGCUGCAGAUGUUAUCUGUUGUACCUGUGUGGGUGCAGGUGACCCACGCUUACAACGCUUGAAAUUUCAUUCAAUUCUUAUUGAUGAAAGUAUGCAAGCAACAGAACCGGAGUGCAUGGUUCCAGUUGUACUAGGAGCGAAACAGCUAAUUCUUGUUGGUGAUCACUGCCAGUUGGGCCCAGUGGUUAUGUGCAAAAAAGCUGCACGUGCCGGAUUGUCGCAGUCAUUGUUUGAACGUUUGGUUGUAUUGGGGAUCCGCCCAUUCAGGCUUGAGGUGCAAUAUAGAAUGCAUCCAGAAUUAUCCAAAUUUCCUUCAAAUUUUUUCUAUGAAGGCUCACUACAGAAUGGAGUGUGUGCAGAUGAACGUAAAUUGACAAAAAUUGAAUUUCCAUGGCCACAGCCAGACAAGCCAAUGUUUUUUUAUGUAACUCAAGGCCAAGAAGAAAUCGCAGGCUCUGGAACAUCAUAUUUAAAUCGCACAGAAGCAGCAAAUGUUGAAAAAAUUACAACAAGAUUUUUGAGGUGUGGAGUUAAGCCUGAGCAGAUUGGUGUCAUAACACCAUAUGAGGGACAACGAGCGUACUUGGUGCAGUACAUGCAGUAUCAGGGCUCAUUGCAUGCGAAGCUCUACCAGGAAAUAGAAGUUGCUAGUGUAGAUGCUUUCCAGGGUAGGGAAAAGGAUCUGAUCAUCAUGUCUUGUGUGCGUUCUAAUGAACAUCAAGGAAUUGGAUUCUUAAAUGACCCAAGAAGACUGAAUGUUGCACUCACACGUGCAAAAUAUGGGAUUAUAAUCGUUGGCAACCCAAAAGUGCUAUCAAAGCAACCUUUGUGGAAUCACCUGCUGAAUUUUUAUAAAGAACAGAAAGUUCUAGUUGAAGGCCCCCUAAACAAUCUGAAAGAAUCAAUGAUCCAGUUUGCAAAACCAAAGAAGAUCGUAAAUACAGCAAACCCUGGAACUCACUUCAUGUCUACAUCAAUAUAUGAUGCCCGAGAGGCAUUGGUUCCAGGAAGUGUGUAUGAUCGCACUAGCCAUUUAAAUGGCACACCAGCACCUAAUCAUUUUUUCCCUAGACCAACAAAUGGUGUACCAAUGGACUUAUACAGCCGCACUCAUGAUCCUGCAAGUUAUAUAUCCCCAGAAAGGGCUCAAGCUGCACUAGCAAAUAUUCCAGUACCGGUUGGUAUGUUCAUGAAUAUGGCACAUGUUCCACCACGCUUUUACAACCAGCAUCAGCAGGCUUUGCAAGCACGACAAAACCAGAGAAACAGAGCAGCAACGAGGAACAAAGUUAAGAACACACGCAAUUCUGUAAAAACUGGACUUAAUCAAGCAGGGCAGAGUCAGGAUGCAACACAAUCUUACAGUCAAGCUGCACCACUAACGCAAGGAAUGUCACAGGGAAUGUCGCAACCUGGAUUUAGCCUGUCACAGCCAGGACUUUCCCAGCCUGAGUUGUCACAGGACAGUUAUAUGGUGGGAGAAUUCCAGUCACAAAUGGAUGGACUCCUGUCACAGGAUUCAACCUACCAAGGAGACCGCUCAGCCUUUUUCACUGGCGGCGCUUCACAAGGAGGACAGUUCUCACAGCCAUAUUGAGCACGCGGGCGGUGGCUGGUUCGCGGAGCGUCGCGGGAGCGGCACGAAGUGACACAAACCCAAUUGAGGGGCGGACGGAGACGGUAGUAGAGUGGAACAUCCAAACAUGCAAGUGCAAGAGAGACAGCUGGGAGCUGUCAGCCGAUGUGUGGGAGAGGCAAAGAAGCUGCUGCUGCUACUGCUGCUGUUGGAGCAAUCGCUACCCACCGGAACCGGAAGCCGACCCCCGGAAAUACAACCUGAAUACUGAUCCAGAUCUGGCAAGGUUUACUGCUUGGUAAGUGCAGUGCCACAGUCUGUCAGGGAUCACAAGAAUGGGAAAUUGAAUGGUUACCAAUGCCAGCUUCUGUUUUGAAGUAUUGCCAACAAGGGUACAGCAAAUCAUAAUUUAUGUAAGUCAUGACACAUGAAACAGAAUUUUUGUAGAAGUGCCAAAGUGGCUUGUUUCUUUUUAUGAGUUUUAAAAACUCCUAUAAUAAUUCACACAUUAUAAGAAUGAGUGAGAAGGAAACAACUUACACAUUCUUACACAUUUCAGUUUGUUUGAAAAUUUUAUUGUGUGGGGAAAAGUUUUUGCACUCUUUACAUUUUAAUUUUCUGUUCGUGUUGAGAUGAAUGUGAGCAAAUACAUUUUAGAAAUUGCACUGGGAAUAGCAUGCUGCAACAUGCUUUCAGCAUUAUCAGUCCUCCAUGCCUGUAGGAUUUCCAUUUAUGCAUUAUUUGUAUCUUUAUCCCUAAUUUCUGGGAUGGUUAGGCAAGAGUUGCCCUCGUGGAUGUGUGUUACUAUUCCAGAGGGUGAAGCAAAAGGUGACGUUUCAAAUUCAGUUGUGAAUUAGUAUUACACAUUUAGAGAAGUUUUAACUCAGUAAUAUGAGCUUAACCUAAUGCUCAUUUCUUGAAAUUUUUUGCUGAUGUAAUAGUUUUGAGUUUAAAUUGCAAAAAUCAAUGAUUAAAUGUACUGUGGACUUUGUAACAAAUUCCUCUAAUUUGAAAAUGUAAUCUCUGCCUGUGCAGUUUAUCUUUAUUGUUAGGAUUUUAUAAUUUAUAUAGUUUGAUAUACUGACUGAAAUUACACCCAUUUGUGUUUGUGAAAUGUCAUUAAGAAACAUGGGCAAAUAAAUCAAAUAACCAGAAUGGGAAAAAUAGAGCUUUUAUUAUUUUUUCUGUUAGUCGUUUGGAUCAUACUGCCAUCACUCUAAGUGCAAACUAAUGUUAAGUUUUUGGGAAGUGUAGUAGAAUAAAGCAAAUUUGAUUUUUGUGAACAGUGGUAUAUUUUUGAUAAACGUUGUAUUUCUACCCUUGGUAUGGUACAAACAUGAAGUCUCACUGCUCUGCUUAAUGUAGAAAAACUUUUAUAAUGAUUUUACUUUGUUGUAAUAAUUAAAUGAAAAUGUUGGUUCUUGCAUUAGGGGCAACUGCUGGGUGACGAAUGAAAUUUCUGUUUUAAAUAUUUUAUUUUAGAAAUAGAAGAGAUUUUCAACGAACACACACACACACACACACACACACACACACACGAGUUAUGUAAAAUGUUGUUUUAGUUUUUAUUUCUCCAUGAAAAUAUGUCUUAGUUCAGACAGAAUCCCUGUGUAUAGAGGGUGAAAAAUUUUAAUCAGAGCUUUUGGAAUGUAGUUGCAAUGCAACACCCACAAUGUGAAAAUGAGAAAUCAAUUCCUUGCAGACUGCUAUGAAGUCUGCAGAGUGCCUUCGUCAGAGCCUCAUGUCAUACAUGCAUGUAAUUGCUUGUAAGUUUAAACACAGUGUAUAACAACUGACAUUUGUUCUGUUCUUCUUUUAGAGCUAAUAUGACCAUCUACCAUUUAUUAUCAUUUGUAAUCAAGAUUUCAUCAGCAGUCAUACACUGUAUGUUCACAUGUAUGACCAUAUAUCCAAGAAUAUAUGUUGUCAAAUUUUAAGAUUUGUAAUGGUUAAUAGCUUAACAUUAUUAAUGCACUUCCCUUUUUGUUGUCUGUAUCAGUUACAAAAGUAGUUAAUUAGAGUUAGCAGUCAUAUAGGUAAUUGUUUCCUUUGUUUGCUGUGUUGAUAUGCCAUGAAGGAUUAGUUGUUCAAACAUUGUGGUGUGCUGUAGGUGUGUAAAGAGUUUCACAAUUACCGUGGAACAGUUGUACGGAAAUGAAAUGUUACUGGAGUGUGAUCUUUUUAUGCUCCUUAGGUCUUGGGAAAAUUUCAUGAGAUUCUGCAAAAGUGAAAAGGUUGAUGAAUAUUUAAUAUAGUGAUGGGAUUGAAUAUUUAAUUCCAUUUUCAAAUCCUCUUUCAUUCUUCCAACUUAAUAAAACCAUUGCACCAUUAUGGCAUAUCCAUGGAAAUAGAUUUUCGUUUCUCUCUCUUUUUUUUAUGGUAGUGGGUCAAAUUUCAAGGACUCAGUGCAUUUUGUACGAUGGGUUAAAACACCUCAGUUAUUUGCUAUAGAUACUUUGCUUAGUGGGGAAGUCUUGGAUCAUCGAAAGAUGUUUAUCCGUCCAGUGUAUUUGGCUUCCUGUUUUAGAUAUGGCUUUAUGUAUAUGGAAAUUAUUGGUAUUGUCUAAAAUUCAUUGAAUGUGGAUGUUAGUAGUAUAGCAUGAACAAAAUAUUUUUAAAACAAAUAGUGUGGUAUUGAAAUGUGACCAUAUUGUACAUGGUCUUUCCAAGUUCACUGAGAUAAUACUGUAGUACCUGAAAGUGGCCUUUUGAAAUGUAGCAGUCUUUCAGAGUUCCUUAUCAAGAAAUAGAAACAUCAUUUAUUCCAUAAAUAAAAUGUGUAUUGGAAAGACAGUUGAGAUACAAAUGUUGCUGUGUGUGGCAUUUCUUACAGUGAAUUCCGAACUCUUGUGGUUGCAGAUUAGUCCUUUAUCGUAUAAGUUUGAAUGUGGGAGGCAUUUGUGUCGUGAAAUGAGUAUUGUUUCAGAUGUCUGGCCAAGUUUUAAUAAGCAAUCACCAUAGGGUGCUCAUUUUGUGAACAUACCAUGAAUUCAAUUUGAUUAUGGUUCCCAAAAGGCAAUGUGUGUAUAACAACAAAAUUUCUUUGAUCUUAGGAAUAUACAAACUGUAUGCAAUUUUCAUUUAGUUCAUUACUAAGCUGUCGUUCAAGGUGAAAAACAAUGUAUGAAUCAUUAAACAGAGCCCAGCAAAAAGAAAAGAUCACCUGCAUUCUUCCACAAAACACUAAUUUUCAGAUAUGUUCAUGUGUACAGUUGCUUACACUCAUUUGUAAACUGCAUUACAAGAAAAAUUAUAUUGGUUUUCUAUAAUUUCCUGUUCUGUAAGGGUAUCAUUUUUUGCAUGUAUGUGUUUGUAUGAUGUGAACUAUUAAAAAGUAUUUCGAAGCGAGUCUAUUUUAAUAAUUCAUACCAAGGGAAGAAACAGCUGAGAUUCACUGUUCUUCAUUGCACUGUCAGAUUAUCUGUAUUACAGUUAAAGUUGAAUUUGUGGUUUUAUGUAGUGUUUUUUUUUCUCUAAAUUUUGUAGUGUAAUAGGUAUGGUGUGCAGUAAUAAGUAAAUUACGUCUUUCUUUGAUUGUGUUGCAGAUACAGUGAUUGUUUUUGUUUGAAAUUUAAUAUUGCUUUAUCACUCUCAAUGAUGGUAUCUCGUUGACACCGUAAAUGCUGUGUUCAGUAUUUAUUGGUAAUUUGAAAAGAAUUCGGAUAUUGCUUGUCAGCUGUGUACUGCUAUGAUAAAGAUAUUUUAAGUAUUUCUUAGUUGUAAUGACAUUUCAGAAUAUUAAAUUUUAUCCCGAAUAUUGUAAAAUAAGGUAAUAUACUUCCUUAUACCUGCUUAAGCGAGCUACAUAGCAGUGCACAUUUUGUAAUCUCACUGUUAAUGUUAUAAAAAAUUGUGGCAAGCAAGCAGAUUUGCACAAACUAGAACUUCACAUUUUAUUUCUUGAGUAUUUACGGAGUUUGUGGUACCGACAAGCAGUAGAAUUUAUCUCGACUGUGCAUUACUUCUCAUAGUAUUUGUGAAAUGUUACCCUCAGUUUUAUUUCUGUUUACAGCUAGGAGUGGUUUAUGAAUAACUUUGUUGGUUGUUGUUUUAUGCGAAGUAGGAAGGAACUUUAUGGAUAAGUGACUCCAUAUAAGUCAGCUGACAUUAUCAUUUUUUUCCUUCAGUCCUUGUUUCUUGAAGUUCAAUCCUGUGGCAUGAUGUUCUUUACAAAUAAUAGUGACAAGUAUUAUGAUUUAUUAACAAAAUGUUUUUAUGUUAAUGGAAAUACCAGAAAUAAAUCCCUCAAAUUAUCAUAGUAGUUUACUGUGUUAAAAUCACCUUAAUGCCAUUGUGUCAGUUAGCAAUAAAGAGCUGAUAUUGUUAGAUAUUGUGA